AUGGCAUUGAAAACUUACGGAGAUAAACCCGUAAGUUUUCAAAUUGAAGAAAAUGGAGAGUAUUAUUGCAUUGGAAGCGAGGUGGGAAAUUAUUUAAGAUUAUUUCGCGGUUCCUUAUACAAAAGAUAUCCAGGACUUUACAGAAGGAAUUUGACAGUGGACGAAAGAAAAAGAGUUUUAGAUUUAGGAGUCAGUAAUCAUUGUUUAGCAUCCAGCGUUUCUCUACUCAGAGCUUCUGAAGUCGAAGAUAUAAUUGAUGGUAAUGAUGAAAAAUACAAAGCAGUUUCAAUUCACACUACAGAAAUUGUUAUGCCAGCAUCGAGUAAAUCUAAAAAAUCAAUGCCUUGGGUUCCCAAUCUUCCGAAUAGUUCACAUUUAGAUGCAGUACCACAGGCAACACCGAUAAAUAGAAACAGAGUUCAAAAUAAAAAAGUUCGAACAUUUCCAUUAUGUUUCGAUGAUUCUGAUCCGAAUAUUGUUCAUGAGAAUGCAUCUCAAACAGAAGUACUCGUUCCGAUUAGAUUAGAUAUGGAAAUUGAGGGUCAAAAAUUACGAGAUACAUUCACAUGGAAUAAAAAUGAAACUUUGAUAACUCCAGAACAAUUUGCAGAAGUUUUAUGUGACGAUUUAGAUUUAAAUCCUAUUGCAUUUGUUCCUGCCAUUGCGCAAGCUAUACGACAACAAUUGGAUGCAUUUCCGACAGAUAAUAUUUUGUCUGAACAAUUUGAUCAAAGAGUUAUCGUCAAGUUAAACAUUCACGUUGGUAACACUUCAUUAGUUGAUCAAGUCGAAUGGGACAUGUCCGAGAAAGAAAAUUCUCCCGAGAUGUUCGCACAAAAAUUAUGUGCUGAAUUAGGUUUGGGUGGUGAAUUCGUGACCGCGAUUGCGUACAGCAUAAGGGGUCAAAUAACGUGGCAUCAGAGAACUUAUGCUUUCAGCGAAGCUCCGCUUCCGGUCGUUGAAGUACCGUAUCGGCCGCCGAGCGAAUCCGAUCAGUGGGCACCGUUUUUGGAAACUUUGACGGAUGCGGAAAUGGAAAAGAAAAUUCGAGAUCAAGAUAGAAAUACAAGGCGAGAACACGAAAUAUUUUCUCGCGUAUGA